AUGAUUGGAUCAGAUGGUUUACAAUUAGAUUUUCAAGAGCAAUGUAUGAUAGGUGACCAAUUGAAAGUAGAGCUUAUGCUCAGAACUGGAUUUGUGGAUGUUCAUUUCCAACACAAAAUGAGUGGCUGGACUGCCUUACACUGGGCCAGCAAGAGAGCUCACGAAAACGUCUGCGUUAUUCUGCUUGGAAGUGGAUUUGACCGAGACACCAAGGAUAAUCAAGGGAGAACACCUUAUGACGUUUGCCCUCUCAACUGCACAACUUUGAGAGAGAUUUUACGACCCGAUUGUGUAGAAGCAGAGAUGCCCGAAGCUAGUAGUUCUCGAGCAAGCUCUUCAGAGAAUGAUAAUGCAUUCGUGCCCUCAUAUAUCCGUAAUCCUAUUUUCCCUUAUACCGGCAAGCCCAACUCUUUCGAUGCUGUUACCCCAAAUUCACCAACUGGUAAGCAGAGCUAUUAUUCUUAUGGCCGAAGAGAUUCAUUGAACAAAACAAGGUUCCUUCUUCUUCGCACUAGCUUUGGAAAUGGCAAGGAAACUUACAAACGAAUCACAUUGCCUGGUGGCUCAACCGUCGAACAGUUGAGAAAGUUGAUUGAGAAAGCAACUCAGCGUCCUGUUUCGUUCGUGAUAACUCUGCCUGAUAAAGUUCUGAUAGAAGAAGAUGAACAGAUUCAAGAGUUCGGAGACUCACAGAAGAUCGAAGUCAUCUAUGAUGAUGAAUCCUCAGACUCAUCACAGAGCGCCGAAAUCGAAUCUGCCGAAAAGAAAAAAAUGGAGGAAAAUUUUGAUAGUUCUCUAGUAAAUAAUUCUCUAACUUCUGAAAUUCCCAAUGAUACCUCACUUAUCGAUAUUCCUCAAGAUGAUGAGGAGCAACCAACAACAGAUGUUCCAGCACCUCCUAUUGAUUCUCUUAACACUGUGUCAGCUGAAGCAACUCAUGAAGCUGCUCCUACCUCCUCUGAACUCACUGAAGUUUUGUCAGCGGAAGAGGACAGUGAGCUUCCCGUUGAUAUCACAGACGAACGUAUAAGAGCCAGUAUGGAUUCUGAUCCCGGAGAUUAUGUGAAGAUUGAGCAUGAUGAGUCUUCCAAGAAACAAGAGAUUUCAACUUCCAAAGAAGAAACUCUGCCUACCGUUGCGGACGAUGAAUCGCCUAGAGCCGUCAUUUUAGAGAAGAGUAAACUUGAUGAGACUGGCGGUAUUACCAAAUGGGUCGAUGAAAACCCCGAAGCUGUACGUCGUGCUGCGACUAUUGCUGCCAUUGCUUCUGCUGCUGGAAUUGGAUAUCUCAUCUAUGCUCGUAAAUUCAAAUAA